GACGGCUGCUGCUACCCGGAUGAAACCUUAUUCCUGGACAAAAUCGAGCAGCCGACAUGUCUCAGCUGUCGGCUGAGGACGAGGCGGAGCUGCAGGCUCUGCUGAAGCAGCUGCUGAGGAGCAUCUACGACCGAAUCUCCAGCGCUCCGUCAGCGGAGUGCGCCGAGGAGAUCCUGCUCCACCUGGAGGAGACCGACAAGAACUUCCACAACUACGACUUUGUGAAGUUCCUCCGUCAGUACGUGGAGAGCUCUCUGGGCUCUGUGGUGGAGGAGGAGACCAGGAGCUUCACCCGAGGGGACGUACAGCACGCCAUCGGCUCGGGCCAUGACGCCCUGAUCCACGCCGUGACCCGAGGGACCAGGGACUCGGCCGAGUACCAGCAGAUGAUGCAGACCCUGAAGAACACCAUGAUGGUGGUCGUGGAGUCGCUAAUCAACAAGUUUGAGGAGGACCAGCUGAGGAAGGAGAAGCAGCACAGUCAGUCCAACGCCGACAACUGCUCCGACAGCGACUCGUCCUUCAACCAGAGUUACGCCUUCAUCAGACAAGAGCAGCUGCAGGUUCUGGUGGAGAAACUCGAUAUCAGCAAACCCAAACAGGUGCGCUGGGAGGCUCUCCAGGCCCUGUGCUGUGCGCCUCCGUCCGACGUGCUGAGCUGUGAGAGCUGGAGCGGCCUGCGCAGGAACCUGUGUGCCGCACUGAGCGAGGCCGACCCCGACCUGAGCGAUCUGGUGCUGCAGUUCUUUUCCAGAAGUUUCUCUUCCUCUCCGCUUAAUGUGACUCGAGAAAUCUACACCAGCCUGGGUCAGAGUGUGGAGUCGUCCUUCUCCUCUCAGAAGCUCUUGUUUCCCGGAGCUUCUUCUGUUCUGGACGUCAACUCAGCCCCGAUCAGCCGUCUUCUCAAACAGAUCCGACUGAUGAACGACUUCCAGAAGGAGGUGACGACUUUCUGGAUCCGCCAUCCGGAGAAAUACAUGGAGGAAGUCAUCGAGGCCACGUUCUCCAUGCUGACGCUCCACCAGGAUCACGGCGCCGCCGGACCGGAGAAGCCUCUGGAGCCCAUUCACCUGCUGGCUUUGCUGGACGUCAGAGCGACCUGGUUUAAGAAGUGGAUGCACGGCUACUACAGCAGAACCGUGGUGCUCAGACUCCUGGAGAAACGCUACAAGUCUCUGGUGGUGGCGGCUCUGCAGCAGUGUGUCCGCUACAGCGAGGCCUGUGAGCGAUUCCCAGAGGAGAGCGCCGCCCUGCUGGCCGCCGAGCAGCAGAGCCACGCCCAGCGGAGCGUCUACUCGGGAAGAGAGCUGGAGUACGCCUGCUUCGUCCACUCCCUGUGCAUCCUGGGAAAAAUCCUCCUCUACGCCAACGGCAGGAAGCUGUUUCCCGUCAAGCUCAGGAAACACAAAGAUCCGCUGGGCCUGACGGACCUCGUCGUCAUCCUGAUAAACAUCAUGUAUCGAUACCCGAAGACCCUGCCCGGCCACGCCUCGCACUCCGACUGCCUGUCUCCCAGCUCUCUGGUCAUGGAGCUGCUGUGCUCGCUGUGUGAGCGGGACGAGUGUGCCGCCGAGUGUCUCCACCAGGACUCCGUCAUCCAGACGCUGCUGGAGCCCCUGAUGGGGCUGCUGCAGGGCCGGCAGGUCCAGCUCCGGUCUCCUGCAGCCACCCUGACGCUCAUCGCCGAUGUUCUGGCUCGAAUCGCAAACACAGACGGAGGAUUAUCGCUCUUCUUGUACCAGAAGAACCUGGAGUUGGCUCACAGUGAGAGGACGUCGGCGGCCCACGUGGUGGUCCAGCUCUGCGUGAGGCUGCUGGAUGAAGACCCGGCCCCCGCCUGCGGACCGGACCUCCGGCGCUCGGCGCCGUGCGGGGCGCUGGUCUUCGUCUGCCGGCAGAUCUACAACACGUGCGAGGGCCUGAGGGCGGUGCUGCCGUACGCCCUCCACAGAGCGCUGGCCGCCGCCUGGAAGCAGACUAUUUCUCUGUCGGAACGAGUUCCGACCCCGGUGCCUGGAGCCAGCGCCGGAACGUCCACCCAGGAGACGCACAGCAUGCUCGCCUGGGAGGAGACGCUGCUGGACAGCCUGCUGAACUUCGCCGCGACGCCGAAAGGCCUCCUGCUGCUGCAGCAGACCGGAGCCAUCAACGAGUGCGUCUCCUACAUGUUCUCUCGCUUCACCAGGAAGCUGCAGGUGAGCCGCUGCGAGAAGUUUGGAUACGGAGUGAUGGUGACUCAGAUCGCGGCGACGGCACCGGGGGUCCGGGCUCUGCGCGCCUCAGGGUUGGUCCGUGCGCUGGUGGUGGAGCUGUGGUCGGCGCUGGAGUGCGGUGGAGACGACGUCAGAGUGGUCCGUCCCAAACCCACCCCCAUGGAACCCAUCGACCGGACCUGCCUCAAGUCCUUCCUGUCCCUGGUCAACGUCCUGUCGUCCUCCCGGUCCCUGUGGGAGCUGCUGGGCCGCCAGCCUCUGGCCAAUAAGAGCGAGUAUCCUCUGAGAGAAGUCCCCACCUCCGUCCCGGAUCUGAUUGACAGGCUGAUGGCGGUGAAUUCAGAUGUGAAGAUUCAUUCCCUCUUCCACUACGAGCAGUCUCACACGUUCGGCCUGAGGCUGCUCAGCGUGAUCUGCUGCAGCCUGGACUCCUUCCUGCUGCUGGAGAGCCAGUACGGCGUCUCCUCCAUGCUGCUGCAGAGCCAGAGGGACAACAUGGCCGACCCGGAAGACGGCCAGGGGGCGGUGAUCAUCGCAGCCUGUCGGUGGAGAGGAACCAGGUCUGGUCCGGGUGGCGUGGUGGGCGGCCCGUCGGAGAGGAGGCUCCCUGCUCGAGCCCUGCAGGAGGGAGAGCAUCCUUACCCGUGGCCCAUUACCUCCUACCCUCCUCCUGACUGCUACACGCUGGACCGUCCAGAGCUCCGCCACAGCUCACAGGACUCUGAGAUCGGCGCCUUCCUGACUUCACCCAGAGACCGGAGAGCGGCGGAGAGCUGGAUGGACGUCUGCAGGAAACACUUCUGCAAAGCCCUGACCUCCAAACCCGACACGCUGACCGGAGCAGCGCUGGCUGACCUUCUGGAGGAAGCCGUGGCUCAUCUGUCCGGCUCCGCCACCGAGUGUUUCUUCUCCGCCGCUCGGUACAAAGCGGAGGCCAAGAGUGUGAAGAACGCCACAUUAUCCCCCGUCGAGCAGCUGGGAAUCCACACCUGCCUCAGGUACGGCAGGAACCUGAAGCUGCUGGAGGAAGACGCCGCUCAGCAGCUGGCGGAGCUGAUGAAGCACGUCAAGACGUUCCUGUCCUCACAGAGAGCGAGGACCUCGACGCAGCUCGUCACUCUGCAGGACGGCUAUCCGGGUCACGACUGGCUGCUGUCCACCGUCUUCCUCCUCAUGGCUGGAGACAUGGAGCGCUCUCUGAGCGUUCUGCUGAACCUCUCCGCCCUGCUCGCCUCCGCCUUCGUCUGGCCUGCCAGGAUCCACGCCUCUGUCCAUCUCCCCAGAGAAGUGGCCGAAUCGGGCGUCCCGCCAGUCUACUGGUGCACCGCUCACUACGUGGAGCUGCUGCUGAAAGCCGAGGUCCCUCUGGUCCACUCCGCCUUCAGGAUGUCUGGAUUCACCCCGUCACAGAUGUGCCUCCACUGGCUGACUCAGUGCUUCUGGAACUACCUGGACUGGACGGAGAUCUGCCGCUACCUGUGCACCUGUGUGGUGAUGGGACCCGACUACCAGGUCUACAUGUGCGUGGCGGUGCUGAGGCACCUGCAGCCGGACAUCCUGCAGCACACCCAGUCCCAGGAGCUGCAGGUCUUCCUCAAGGAGGAGCCCAUCCAGGCCUUCAGACUGGGGGACCACAUGGACUUCAUGGUGGGACUGGAGCGCAGCUACAGGAGCGUGGUCCUGACCGACAUGAAGACCAUCCUGGACCCGGUGCAGUGAGAGGACCAGGACUCCCAGAAUCCUCCACGUCCCUCCGGGUUUGACUUCAGAGUCCCAGAGCGAGUCUGUCAGCUUAACCAGAACCAUGAGAGAGUUUAGAAAACACAGAUCCCACCGGACGAAGAUCCUCCUGUGAAAAAUCCAAAAUCUCAAAUUAUUAAUUACAAUUAUUUAUUUGUCUUCAUUAAUAAUAAUAACAAUAAUAAUAAUGUUUUUAUUACUUUAAUUUUCAAGAAAUCCUGCUAAAUAUUUAAAAACUCAACAAUUUUCUACUGAAAAAAAUAAGAGAUGGUGAAAUUUACAACAGUUGUAGACUUUUUGUUAAGACUUCCCAGAUAUUAAAAAAGCAGCGUCUAAAAGUGUUUUUCUCGCAGGACGAACGGCUGCGGUUUGUGUUUCUGCUCUAUAAUCUAAUCAGUGGAAUCAAACAGAAACAUUACGGAGGCUGAAUGUGGUUUAAUGAGUUCUGGACCAAGGAAAACUUUUCUGUUCUCCUAUUGUAAGAUAACUUUUCUACGCGAUGUUCCUGUAAGUUGUUGUAAAUACUGUAAAGCAGCUGUUCAAACUUUUUAAACAUCCAAUAUUUAUUUCUUCACUGUGACUUCAGUGGAUUUUUCAGCCUUUUGUUUGGUUGUUUUUCUUUCUACCUUGUAGAGAAGAAAUUAGCAGUUUGUGUUUUGUAUCAGUAGAUAAAUGAGGAGUCCGUUUAAAGAGAUUAUCUGUGUGAAUUAAGCUCUGAAAACGUGGCGCCGCAUCAAUAAAC